AUGACAAAGAUUGCUCAGCGCACCAUGCUUGAGGAUUUCUUCACUCUUACUGAGAUGAAGGAUGGCAUCUCCACGGUCGCAAGGAUCGCAGAGCUCAUAUCUGAGAUGCACAAGCUGGAAAACUCCGCCGACAUCAACAUGUCCGACGUGAUAAGGCAGUGCUCCACGGCUGCCAACGCACUAGCAUCCACCAAAAACGAAGAGUGCCUUCAGCAUUUCGUUCAGCUAAACGGUGUUUCCUUUCUCAACCGUUGGCUUCAGGAUGCUCAAAAAUGUGUUGGGGAUGUCAGCGGUUCAGCGGAGGAUCUUAUAGUUGCCAUACUGACUGCGUUGGAGUGCCUUCCAAUCAGCAAUGAACAGUCAGCCUCCUGUAGAGUUAUGCGUACUGUUGAUCACCUGCUUGCUCACGGGAAUGCCGUGAUCAACCAAAAGGCGAGAGCACUCCGUCACAAGUGGAGCGCUGUACCAAAACAUGGUACAAAUGGAGAGCAUUUUCAUGCAGAGGAGGCAUGCCGGACUGAUCAACUUAAGUCUCCAGAAGCUAGCCACAAGACAGAAACUAAGAAACAGAGUGUAGCGGAUCAAGACGGAGAGCCUGCUGAAGAAUCAAAACCUGAGGCGACAACUUGCUCAGAUGCACCUUUGUCUGAUCCUUCUCUGACUAAUGACAAUGCAGAUGCAACAAAGCAACCACUGGGGCUAACAUCACCGAAUUCAUCAAAUGGAAAUGCAGGUUUAGGGGAUGCGAAAAACUUGGUCACGUCCCCGACAUCUGCAGGUCAUGUGGGUUCAGAAGAUGGGCAGUCCACCACCAAGGAAACUCCUUCCAAUGAUAUAGAAAUGCCCACUAAUGGCAUACUCCGGUCAAACUCUAUUAAUGCAAAGAGUGGUACUGGACAAGAUGCACUGGUGGACUCGACUCCAGCAGCCAUGUCUGUGGACCAUAAUAAACCUGACAAGCUGUUUGCUAGUAGCAAAAUGGGUUUGGAAGAUAGUAUUGUUUCAGCUAGCUCGAGUAUCAAGGAGUCUGAGCCAUUUGCAGCUGGUAGGUUACAUUUGGGGAAGGAUACAGCUGAAACUUUGAACCAUCUUGCAGCUGUAACCCGUGAUUUGCAAGAUCUGUCCGAGGAAAGUAUAGGCAAAGAAGAUGAACCUACAUCAUCAUCUAGUACAGAUGAUAUGGACAUGAGCAGUGACUAUAUAUUGCAAAGAUGUAUGUCAAGCUUUGGGGACUCCUCCAAGGCAACAGACACAAAAUCCACUGCAUUGAAAGGGGAGAAAUCAACACGACUGACAGAUUAUGAUGAUACAGAUGCACUAGAAGUAGCACGUCUGGUAGCUAUUGAGGUGGAGCGGGAAGUUAUUGACUACAGAGGACCCUUUUGUAGUUCUCCUGAUACUAAUUCCAGGAAUGCUGACAGUCCUGACCUGGAAGCACCGCGGCAGCCUGUAGCUGUUGCCAGUGAACUGAAUGAUAAUAAAUCUUCUAGUACAGAGGCUAAGUCAGGAAGUUCCUCAUCUCAUAAGGAGGAUGGAUCAGGCAUCACAGAUGGCAGCGGUCCAUUGAGUAGAAAACAUACACGGAGUGUGGAUCUGGGGAACUUAGACCUUAAUGAAAAUCAGUGUGCCGAGGAAACUGACUGUAAUCCAAAGUCCGUCCUUAGUAAUUCUGUCAAUUUGUCAAUGCCUAUAGCUGUGGCUGCUUCAAGAGGCUCAUCUGUGUUUCCAGCUCGGCUCCACUUUGAAGGUGGACUUGGGUGGAAAGGUUCUGCUGCAACCAGUGCCUUUCGACGAGCUUCACCUUGGAGGACUCCUGAUGCAGAGAAGUCGCUUUCAGCUUCUUCACAUAAAACAAGCAACAUGCUAUUUGAUUUAAAUGUAGCUGACAGCGAUAGUGCUACUUCUGGUGAGCCACUCUCAACAACAAUCCUGCCUACUUCUUCUGAUCUACCUUCCAAGGGUGCUUCCAAAGCAGUUGGUGUGAGCAGAGGACUGAAACUUGACCUUAAUUUCUCAUGUGGUGAUGAGGAAGAUGCUAUCACUGCAAGCAAUGUGCCGCCAUUGUGGAAUCGCCAACAAUUUAAUGGCAACUGGAGUCAGCCUUCUUCCUCCUCAUCUUCAAGGCAACCUGCAGUCAGAAACUUUGACUUGAAUGAUAACAUGUCAAUCGCUGAUGGUUCUGUGCGAGGAAUGGAUGGGUCUUCUGUCAAGACUCCUUCAAGGGAUAUGUUGGACCAUUCUGCCGUCACAAUUAUGGGUAAGAGGAUAGUUGUAGGGCAGAAAGAUCAUGGGCAGCAAUACCAGCAUCACUUUCUGGGACCAAGUGCUGAAUCAAGAGUUCCUCCAAGACCUACUCAGUCUUUUGCACAUACUCCUGACUAUAGUGUUUUCAGUUAUCCAUCUCAACCCGCUAUGCCUUUUCCCCCAGCGUUCUUUGCUCCUGGGGGCAGUCCGUACUUGGUUGAUGCAAAGGGUGCACCAGUCAUACCACCGCUGUCAGGUCUAAGCCUCGGCAUUUCUCAUCCAUCUUUCAGCACCAGAGCAACAUCACCCUCAUCUAAUGAAUUGAGUUACUUUCAUCCUAGCAUGGAUUUCAAUUAUGGAGUGCCAUCUGAAGGCGCACGUAGGGAGGCAGGGAGCUACUGGCCCGUGUCCUACCAGGGCCAGACAAUGUUUGUGGAUGAACGCAUGAGGAAUAUGUCACAGGGUGGUAGUUCUGGGUUGGUGCUGAAACGAAAAGAGCCAGAGUCAGGUUGGGAUAUGUACUCGCGUCAUGGAGCCUGA